UCUAGCAGCAUUGAUUAGCAGUAUAGUUAUUAUUCCUUCACAGUGCCCAAGAAGGCAGACGAUGCCUAAAGUUUUAUCAUGGGAAAAUAGUAAUUCUACAACAUAUACUUACAGGGACAGUCAACUGACGUUGCUAUAAGCAGAACUUGACACUACAUUUUUUUGGACGAACGUGUUUUUUGUGUACAUCUUUUCGUUCAUCAGCUUAUGUAUUUUAAUUGUCAGCGACCAUACUCACAUUUUAUUUGUUUUAUUGUGCUUUAUUGUAUGUCCUGGCAACGCGUUUCACAGAAUAUGUUGGUUUGAUACGAUCAAAAUCAUACACGGUAUCUUUAAGAGUGUGCAGUGACUUGAGUAUGUUCGGCCAUUUCCGUCUAGAGCUACAUCUUCAGCCGGUGGUGUCACUCAACAAUUCGGGACUUCAAGUACUCUAAACAUGCACCCCACAACUCCCUCACAGGAUAAAGGAUUAUAGAACGAUUUAUACUGACGUAUCCCAAGCGCGCCUGUCCACUGUUCUGAGACAGUGUUUGCAUCUGUGUUGACGUUUGAGGCGCUCUGAUGGUCAGCAAUGGAUGAGGAGGACAGCCAGGAUGAGCUGAUAAACAGGAACGCUUCCCAGGGGAAAGGGAAGAGGGCUGCUGGGUGGAAUAUCUCAGGAUCAGAGGAAGACUCUGACGAAGCAGGAGAGGAGAUGGAGGAUGAAGAGUCGGAGAGCGGGGAUGAUAAUGAUGAUGAUGAAGAGGAGGAUCACCUCGACGGAGAUGAUGAGGAGAUGGAAGAGGAGGAUGACAGUGAUGAUGAUGAUGAUGAUGAUGAUGAUGAUGAUGAUGAUGAAGAAGAGGAGGAUUCUGGGAAGGCUGUGGAGGGGGCUGUGGCAGGAGCCUCCGCUGACCCCGCAGAGCUCAGCUCAGAUGAGGACUCUGAGAAGUGUCCCAUCUGCCUCAACUCAUUCCACAGCCAGCCUGUGGCCACCCCAGAGAGCUGUGAGCACUACUUCUGUCUGGACUGCAUCCUGGAGUGGUCCAAGAACGCCAAUUCCUGCCCCGUGGACCGUAUCGUCUUCAACAACAUCUACCUGAGGAAGAAUUUCGGAGGGAAAGUUCAGAAGAUGAUCACAGUGCACAAGCCUGUAAAGGAAGGCCAGGAGGAGCAGGUGGACCUGGAGCUGGAACAGACCAGCUGCGAGGUGUGCAGGGGGAGAGACCGCGAGGAUCGCUUGCUGCUCUGCGACGGUUGUGACGCAGGGUACCACAUGGAGUGCCUGACCCCCCCACUGGAUGCCGUUCCUGUGGAGGAAUGGUUUUGCCCAGGGUGUGAAGCCAACAACCGUCGCUCACGGGGUUCUGCCGAGGACCUGAGCGAGGCUGAGAGCCAGACUAGCGACCGCCCCACCACCAGCCGCUCCCGCCCCGCCCCGGCAGGGCCUACCCGGGCCAUCGCCCGCACCCAGCAGAGCGAGCGCGUCCGCGCCAACGUCAACCGCCACCGCAUCACACAGGCACGCACGGCACAGCUGGCCCCCAGGUUCCUGAUGCAGUCCACCUGGCUGGACGACACCAUCAACUCUGUGGUGGCGGGCCUCAACACCGCCGUGUACGUCCGCAACCUCACGCCCCGCGCUGCCCCCAGCCGCCGGCGCAGGACCGUAAAGCGCAGGAAAGGCAGGAAGUCCACUGCCUCUGGGGAGAAGGGCAAAGCUGCGGGCACGGGGGUGAAGAGGCGGAGGCGGAAGAGGAGAACCAAAUCCAGAAGGAAGCUGGUGGCGAAGAAGCAGCCAACGUCGCGAGGCCGUAUAGCCCGUAGCCUGGGCAUCGCUAAGCCCAAGAAGGGCUCCACUCUGCCCUCGGUGUGCCGGCCGUCGGACCAAACUCUGGGCAGCAUGCGCGCCGACAUAGGGGCCGCCUCUUUCUCCGUCUACGGAGACCCCUUCGACCUGGACGACUUUGACAACGGGGAGGAGGAAGGUGAGGAGCAGACCCAGGUGACAUCAAUGCUCGACGCCAAGAGGCGGGGCCUCUCUCGCUCCGCCCUUCGCUCCCACCAGCCGGUGGCUCGCCCAAUCACUGCUGGCCUCUCCAGGGGUGGCCAGGGUCAGCCCCAGGCAGAGGAGGCGGCCCCAGUGCCUGACCUGCUGGGCAGCAUCCUAACAGGACAGAGCAUGCUGCUGAUGGACAGCUCCGAUGUGGUCAUCAACAGAGACGGCUCCCUCAAGGCAGUCAAGCCAGUGAGCUCGUCGUCUCCGUCGAUGCCAGGUAGCAGCAGAAGCAGCAGCUCAGGAGAGACGGGUGCCCCCGGCCCCCCAGGACAGUCCCCCAACCCCGGACCAAGCUUUGGCGACCUGGCGGGGCCCUCCUACAGCCCCCUGAACACACCCCUGCCCCACAGCUCCCCGGGACCCUCAUCAUCAUCCCCUCUCAACCCCUCGCCACCCUCCCCCUCCCUGACCAACCACAGCCACCCUGCCGCCAACCCCCACCCCUCCAGCCUGGGCCACCCUCGCCUCCAGCCGGCCCCGCCUUCCCACAGACCCAGCCCCACGGCGGGACCUAGCCACCGGGGGACCAACGGUGCUGGACCCCCCCAUAGAGGCCACCCUUCCACCUCCAGCCCCGAUUCUCACUCCAAAGGCAGGGACGCGGCGCCACCACAGUCCCAGGCCAAGAAGGCCGCUCCUCCCAAGCCCGUGUGGGUGGACGUGUCGGUGCUACCCAGGAUACCAAAGAUCAAACGGGAGACCAACGGCCUCGGCAACGACAGCGCCACUAGGGGGAGCAGCAGCAGCAGCAGCAACGGUUUCCCUGAGUCAGGCAUGCAGAGCCUGGCCGGGAACCGAGGCAGGCAGCACAGUGUGGACCAGCAGCAGGGGCGGCAGGACGGCCAGACUCCCCGACACAGACCCGGCCCAUCCCCGGCCUUCGCCAGCUCCUUUUCCUCGUCGUCCUCCUCUUCCUCGGGUUCCCCCGCCAACCCUCCGCACUCCUCCUCCUCUUCCACCAUUUGCUUCCGGAUCAACUCCAGCGGGAGCGCUUGGCACGCGCGCCCGCUCAGCAACGCGUCCGCGAUGGCGGCGGGGAGCUCGGAGGAGGACGAGGCGGCCAGGAAGAGGGGCAGGAGUCAGCAGAAGCGGCCGGGCUGGCGUGCGCAGGUCAAAGAGGAGCCGGGAGAGCGGGACGCGUACGACCCCUUCCAUCCCACCGGCUCGGAGUCCGACGGCUCGGACGGCGAGCCCGAGAGCCGAGGCGCAGACUGCAAGUCCCAGCGUGCUCGGGGGGGCUCCAGGCUUCCUGACGUGGGGGGCAGAGCGGGAUUUCGGAAGCAGGUUAAAGCUGAGACCCUGGAGAGGAGGAUCUCACCAGAGGGGGAGGGCGUCUCAGGGGAGCAUGUCAAGGUGAAGAAGGAACCAGAGCCCUCUGGCAUCAGAGACUGUGGGCGGACUAAUCGUAGCCCACAACGAGCACCCGAACCUGGGGCGACCAGCAGCACCAACCCCCUGCCUCACCGCCUGGUGCCUGUGAAGACUGAAAAGCCAGAACCAGCGGAGGAGAGCAGUCUACAGAGCCAGACCUCUACCUCCUCCCUCCAGAGAAGAGCUCCCUCUGCCUCCAGCUCAGCCUCUACCUCAGCCUCCAGCCUCCCUGGCGAGAGGAGGUUAAAGACUGAGGUCAAACAGGAACCUGGGGACAGUCCAGCCGGGUCCCCCUCCAGGUCCUCAGGCCGGGGCAGGCAGGUGUCCGGGGGCAGCGGGGCGUCCAGGGAGCAGCAGUCAGCCUCCAGCAGCCCGGAGCCAGGCAGGCGGAGGAGAGGAGGGCAUCCAGACUCAGGGCAGGCAGGGAGGAGGAGGGGGGAGGAGCAGGGCUCAGGGGAGGCAAGGAGGAGGAGGGGGCAGGGCUCGGGGGAGGCAGGGAGGAGGAGGAGGGGGGAGGAGGGCAGUGAGAGGAGGAACAGCUGCUCCGGGUCCCGGGACAGGAGGAGGCGUUCUCCCUCAGACAGCUCUGACUCAGGGGCGUCUGAGAGGUCACACAGGAAGAGGCGCUCGCGCUCCAGAGACGGGAGACGGUCCAGGUCAGGCUCAGACUCCAGCAGUGGAGAACCCGGGAAGAGUAAAAAGCAGAAGAGAGGAGGGAGUAGGGAGAGGAGCGCCGGCAGAGAGGGCGGUAGAGACCGAGGCCGCGUGGCUAAAGACAAGAGGUACGCGCGCUCGCGCUCCAAAUCCAGGGAGAGGAGGAAAGAGCCCUCGCGACCCCCGCCCUCCAGCUCUAGGGGCAAGGCGGACUCCAGGUCCGGAGGCGGGAAGAGGCCGCAGUCCCGUUCCCGGUCCAGAGAGAGGAGGAAAGGAGAGGGGUCAUCCGCUGGGUCCUCCAAGGGGCCACAGAAAAUGGCUGCAACUCCGGCCACCUCUGACCUCUCCAAGGAACAGCAGGGGAGGAAGAGAGAGAAGAAACUCCCGGGACUCCCCGUAAAGGAGGAAACGGAGAGAGAGGUGAAGCGAGAGGCGUCUUCCUCCAACUCAGGGCUGACACCUCUCUCCGUCUCUGGGGUGAAAGGGGAGAGGAACCACCGUGACGGCUGUGCCUCCGCUAAACCCACCCAGGAAACCCAAGUGGCCAAAGCCAUCAAGAAGGAGAAACUCACUUGCUUUGAUAUAUUCGGAGAAGAUUCACCAGACGAUGAACCCGUGAAGGACGAGAAGACGACCUCCCUCAGUGCAAUCAAGGACUUUUAUCUGAAGAAGGAAAAAGAGAUCAAGAAAGACAAAAUGCGCUCCCCCGAAAACGAGCCUCGCUGCUCCACGACGUCCGGUGAGAAAAAGGAAGAGCGGGGAUCCAUAGCAGCCGUCGAGAUCAAGACGGAGCCCGCGUGGCCUGACCUGACCCUGGCGUCCAGUCCCCCUCCGCCACCUCCGGCCCCCGCCCAGGCCGUGCCCUUCGCCUCCCCCGCCCCCAACCCUGCUCCCCUGGUCGCAGUUCCUGCUGACAUCCCUCCACCCCCUCCGGCGCCUCAGGUCAAGCCAGAGACCCCAGCCCGUGUCCCGGCCGCCGCCCUCCCUGUGAGGCCGGCGGCCGAAGAGCCCUCGGACUCUGACGAGGACUUCAACGUGGAUAUGAUGCUGGACAGCCUGGACUUUGUGAAGAGCGAGAAGGCGGCGGAGAGAGAGGGGGCGGCGGCGAUGGGAGCCGAGGUCAAACAGGAGAGGGAGGAGGAGAAGGCGGAGGGAGAGCCGGUGCCGGUAAUGGCUGGAGCCAGGAGCAAAGCCCCGGUGAAGAGGGUGACCUGGAACAUCCAGGAGCCCGACGGGCCCCAGCCAGAGAAGACCGGCAGCAAACUGGCUCUCUACAAACUGAAGCUGAAACAGGAAGGAGCACGCAGACCUUCCUCCAAUCAGGACCCCUCAGGGGCCCUGCCCAGCGGUGACCCCUCUGCCCAGGGCUCCAAGAAGGGCAGUGCCAGCAGCCUGGCCCAAGCAGGGCUGUCAAUCCCUGGGCGGGGCCAUGCCACCGACACCUUCUCAGAGGCCACAGAUGAACCCAGGAACAAUAAGUACAUGAAGAAGCUGCACAUGCAGGAACGAGCCGUGGAGGAGGUCAAACUGGCCAUCAAGCCCUUCUACCAGAAGAGAGACAUCACCAAGGACGAGUACAAAGACAUCCUCCGCAAGGCCGUCCAAAAGGUGUGUCACAGCAAGAGUGGCGAGAUCAACCCUGUGAAGGUGGCCAACCUGGUCAAGGCCUACGUAGACAAAUACAAACAUGCUAGAAAACACGGGCAAGGAAGAGAAGAUGGAGAGACGACUCAGGAGACAGAGACCGAGGGAGCCAAAGACUCUGAGAGCCCAUGAGUUUGCACGAGUCCAGGACAGCCUAAGAACCAUCCCAGAUGAGAGAGACUCGGACAUAUUUGUUUUGCUGUCAUUAGUUUUGGUCUGGAUUGUGAUGCAUACUGUGAAAGGACUUGUGGACUUUGAGAUGCCCUGUCUUUAGACUCUUGUUUUGUUUAUUUUUUUAAGGUUUGUAUGGGUAGUGUGCCACAUUAUGGAUAUCAGUUUUUGUUUGUUUUGUGAUUGAAAAGAGGAAUAGAGAAGCCAAUGUUUUGCACAUAUGUUCAGGGUGUGUUUGCAAUACACUCUGCUCUGGUGUCAUCUUGUGUUUUGUAAAAUAAGAAUGGAAUACAUCUUUUGUAGCUCUUUUGAAACAUUUGCAUGGGGUGCGGUCUCCAAAGAGACAGGCGUCAGAUUACCUUUCAGUGCUGCUGUUUUAGAGGCUCUGUCCAAGGUCGCUGACUACCAGCACGGCUCGUACUUUUUGGUCUUUUCUGUUUCUGUUUGUGUUUUUGAGUAUGUGUCCGUGGCAUUUUGUUUGGUAGUACGUGGUGCAAGAUUAAGGAGUCUAUAUACAGCUAAUUUAGGAAAGAUCUCAUAACCUGUUUAUUUUGGAAAGAUCUACUUUUGUUUGUUUGAAAUGUUGCCAUUUUUGUAGAAAAUGAAAAGAUGAAGAUGAUGAUAAUCCAGGAUUUUAGAUUUAAUGUAAAUUUGACCAUGAAAUACCAGUAUUUCUGCCCUUCCAAUUGAGGUUGUAUGUUAUGCACUGAGCAUCAGUAAGCUGUGGCUGGAUGUAGGUUUAGUUCUUUCUUUUUUUAAUAGUUCUAUUCUGAAAUCUGUUCUAUGUAGAGCUCUGUGCUACUCUGGGCACUUCUGUAUAACUUCCUCUAGAAUCAUGAGACACCACAGCUCUUACCCACCGAUCAGUCUGCUGUCAUCCAGAGAAUGUCCGGCAGCUUUGAUCGUCAGGCUCUGUGAAAACACUGUUCAUCUGAUAGUGGUGCUUGUUUGAGAGAAUGGUGCAAACUGCACCAGCUAUCUGGCUGUCCUUUCUUUCCUAGAUCAGAAAGAUGGGUUCAGGUUUAUGGAUCAGGAUCCUGUAAGGUUUAGUUGGAUCCAUCCGUUUAAGUUGUCACUCCUGCAGCCUAAAGAUUGGUGAUCAUGGGUAAUGAAACCUCCCAGUUUAAGUUGGUGCUCACUUUUAAACGGGGAAACACUUAGUUACAUCUUCGUUCAGAUGAAGUGCAAUAACUUUCAUGGUUACGUUCAUUACCACUGUGAUCUUUUUCAAAUAAUAAGCUAAUUCAGACACAGGUUUUGUACUGAGUGCACAUGUCCUCAUUAUCAUGACUUUUCACUACUGUAGGAUUCCUCUAUGGAACUACAUUGCCUUGGCAAUGUUGUUUGUGUUGCACCGCAGCAGGAAGGUGUGUGGAAUGUCGACUUGCCUUGGCCUUCAGCUGUGUGUGGGAGGUGAUAUAAUACCAGGUGCUUUAAUUAAUAAGAAUAUAGCUUGUUCACUUUUCUCUUCAAUCACGUAGUAGUAGGAGCACAGAAUAGAGGGAAAUACAAUUUCAGAUUAAAUUGAUCCUAAUUAAUUUAGUGUUUAAUGUUUAAAAGGACCUUUGUAAUAUUGGUGAGCAACGGUGUACGUGCAAUGUUCUGUCGAUUAACCCCCUAUUUACCAGUAAAAUACAGACUACACCAGAAACGGCACCUCCAAGAAAAUAUAAUUUCUUGUGGGUACCAACAUAUAGUUUGUUGGGAUAGUUAGCAUGAAAUGUGUGCAGUUUCAACUGAUGGAGAGGGUGUUCUUAUGGAUAUAAAGCAAUGUAGGGCUGCUCUAUUUCAACAGGGCAGCUUGCCCGUGCUGCCUUCUCUACAUCUACACUGAGCCAACUGGACGAUCUGACUGUAAAUACUUAUGUUAUUGUUGUAAUAAACAAAGAAAACAUU